AUGAUCUUAUUCGGGUAUUUAGCGUAUCGGAGCAUUCAUCAAGGGAUUGUUCUUUCGAAACAACAAGUUGAUCGUCAAUUGACGCGAAUAACUUUCGUUCAAGUUCUCUUGGUGGCUGUCAGUAUGACUCCAUAUGGAAUUUUUAAUGUUUAUAUGAUGACUACGAAGGAUUAUUCUAAAGACGCCUAUCGACAAAUGCAAGAGUAUUUCAUUUCGGCGAUCGUUGGUCUGAUAUCUUAUUUUUAUUUUGUUGGAAAUUUUUAUAUGUUCUUCAUUGUGUCAAGUCGUUUUCGUGAAACAGUCAAAGAUCGGAUCUUCUUUUGGAGGAAAUCAGAGAAAUCGAAACAUCUUGGAUUCGCUUAA